CUUGCAGACGAUAGCGGACCUAUGCUGACUUGUUAUAAAGUCAAGGCUCUACCAAGGACUUGACCUGAUGAUGGACCCCCGACGCAGCGCCCAGGAUGUGGUGCAUUGUGAUGCGUGCGAUACUCCUGUCCCCCCACUACACUGUGACUUCUGUCAGACCAAUCUCUGCAAAGCUUGUGUUGGAGACCAUAUGCUGGAUAUUUCCAAAAAACAUCAGGUGGUGCUGUUUCAAGACCGAAAAUCUACUAUUAUUUCUCCUAAUUGCCAAACACAUUCUCUCAAACAAUGUGAACUUCAUUGUGAACAAUGUGACAUUCCUAUCUGUGUCCUCUGUGUUUCCUCUGAAAGUCAUGAAAACCACAAAAAACUGGACAUUAGAAGUUAUUUUGAAACAAAAAAACAUGAUUUACAAACAGAUUUGCAAGAAUUAGAAAAAACAGUCAUUGCAAAAUAUCAAGAGAUUGUAAACAACAUCACAGUUCAGAAAGCUGAUCUGAAUAAAAAAUCACAGAAAUUGACAUCAGCAAUAGACAAACAUGGAGAAGUCUGGCACAGAGAAAUAGACACCAUUAUACAGAAACUGAAAUCUCAUCUUGAUGAAAUGGACUCCAAACACCUGGCUGUCUUAAACAAACAGGAAGAUGAAAUCACACACACCAUUUCAGAAAUCACACAGAGCAUUGCUGAUCUGAAGAAGUUACUGGACUCCAAUGAUGUCAGCCGUGUCUCUGCCUACAAAUCCAGGAUUGCUGAAUUCAGAAGAUUGCCUCCUAAACUCACAGUUUCUCUACCAAACUUCACCCCUCGGAAAAUUAACCCAGAACAACUUGACCAACAAUUUGGUUCCCUGUCAGCAUUCUCCAUUACAACAGAGGAACAUGGUUACACCAUGGAAACCUCAGAAGCUGGAUCCUCUCCUCUCACACCACUGCUUGAUGAGCCACGGAUCAUCUCCACCAUACAGACACAGUAUGGAAUUCCUAAUUAUCUAACCAGUGUUACUUGUGACAGUGAUGAAGAAAUCUGGGCGUGUAGUUAUCGUAAUAAGAUGAUGAGUCUCUAUAACCUGCAGGGGGAACAAGUGAAGUCAGUUCAAACCAAGUCAGGGAAAGCUCCAUGGGACAUAGCAGUGACAAGGAGUGGGGAUCUAGUUUAUACUGAUAGCAGAGAUAGAAGUGUGAACAUAGUGAAGAAUACACAGAUACAGACAGUGGUCAGACUACAGGGGUGGAGACCUUGCGGUGUCUGUAGUACCUCCUCUGGUGACCUCCUGGUUGUCAUGGACAGUGAUGAUGAUAAACAAUCAAAAGUUGUGUGUUACUCUGGCUCCACAGAGAAACAAAGUAUUCAGUACGACGACAAAGGACAACCUCUCUAUUCAUCUGGUGACAUUAAAUACAUCAGUGAGAACAGGAACCUAGAUAUCUGUGUGUCAGACAGUAAAGCCGGUGCAGUAGUGGUGGUCAAUCAGGCCGGGAAACUCCGGUUUACCUACACUGGUCCUCCCUCUACUACCAAGAGAUCAUUCUAUCCAUGCGGCAUCACAACAGACAGCCAGGGUCGGAUCCUGACAGCAGACUUUGACAACGACCGUAUCCACAUCCUGGAUCAGGACGGACAGUUCCUCCGCUACAUUGACAACUGUCAUUUACAAUAUCCAUGGGGUUUAUGUGUGGACACCAGAGACAACCUCUUUGUAGCUGAGUGUAACACAGGUAAAGUGAAGAAUAUACAACAUAACAUGUAAACAAACUGUGUUGAUAUUAUAUGUAAACAAACUGUGUUGAUAUUAUAUAUUGCAAGUACAAGUAUAAACCAAUUAAAUUGCAAUCCACCUGUGAUUUUCUGACUAUAAUUAUAUAUUUGUUGCAUGUAAACAAACAGACAGUUGAUAUGAUGUUUUACAUAAAAAAAUACACAUGUGGAUAGGUUUACAAAAACUGCAUUCAUUUUUGUUUUGAUUGUUUAAAGAUAUUCACUGCAUGAGGAGCAUAGUUACAAUUAAAAUUAAUUGUAGAUACAUGUAAUUAAUUACCAUGUACAUGUAAUAAAUAAUAAGUAUCUGAAUAUGAAGUGGUUUUUCACCACACAGAUCAAGGUUUUCUUGAGUUUACAUAUUAUCAUAGCUAUCUUGGUGGAUUGUUUGAUUGAAAUAUAAUGAGGCAGUGUACCGUUUUUUCCAGUAGCUAUAGGUGAUUAUAAUUACAUACUUUGUAUAUUUUGGUCAAUAUGUCAACACAUACAGUGUGUACAAGCUGUUGAGUUUAACUUUGUUAUUUCAAGUAGGUGAGGAAAAUUACAUACUCUGUAUAUUUUGAUCAAUUCGUUAAUAUAAUAUACCAUUUUCUCCGCUAAAACAUUGUUAUUUCCAGUAGGUGGUUAUAAUUAC